AUGACCAUCCAGAGCGCAAAGAAAUCCUCUCUGAAUGAAUCCCACAAUGGGAUCAUAUCAUGUACUUCUCAAAACAUUGGCCUUGAUGCUAUUCAAACUCGCUCCCCGAUGAUAUUCAAUCUUUUCAGCAAGUUAACAGCAUUUCUAUCAAGCGGCGAGGUUGACCCUCUCAAUAUCACUGAGAAUAUGAACUCCCUGCCAUCGUCUCUCGAUUCCACACCCUUGGCGUCCCAUCAGCAAGUUCCAGGCCAGGGGCAGACUCCCCCGGCCGCACAUCCAGAAGGGGACAAUGCACAAGAAGCAGCUCUACCGGAGCCACGUAUAUCAAUCAAGGGGACCGUUCAACUCCAGGGAAGGCAUCCAAACCAUCUCUUCCCUGGAGAAAUCGUGCGACCUGGAAGGAGUGGAGCUCCAGAUAAUGCGCUCUUUGUUGCCCGAAAGCGACCGUUAGACCAUGAGAAUGAGACAAUGAGGCGACUAAAGACGGGUGAGCAGAUAGAGGAAUUUGGGGAACCUCUGUGUGAAGAACCCCUCUCUGAAGAGUCUAGAGAACGGUUAGAGCAGACAUACGGACGGCUCGAAAAGUUGCAGAUACAAUACAUGUCUCCCGACGAGCUGCAGAACAGCGAAUGGCACGACGACGAAGCAUGGUUGGAGCAUAUCAAGGUUAUGCAUAACCUGCUGUACAAGAUGAUCCAGAACUCUGCCAAUAGGGAGGCAUGGCUGGAAGGCAUCGAAAUUGACCACUUGUUGAAGAUAGUCACAUAUGGAAUGGAACAAGACGUAGCAGUUCUAGAUCCCUUUACAAAUUUCUACGACACCGAGAAGGGUUUGAUGAAAAACGAGUUCAAAGAGUUUGGUGAUAAAUGUUACAAACUCUACAGUUCAAUGCCGCCAUUCUACCAGUUCGGGGACGACGAGCCUCUAGUCCUCUUGGAAAUCGAAAAAGUAAAGGCAGAGAUCAAAGGCAAGAGGUGGCUGGUCGCGCCAGUCAACUGGCAGACGACAACUUUCGCUUACCACUGGAGCAUGACCAUCUUUGACCGGCUGACCGGGCAGUUAUACAUCUUUGAUUCCUUGGAGAAUAAAUACAAUGACACGGCCCGGGUCAAUGCGACAGCAACUGGCUGGGCCCGGUUCUGGGACAAGAUGGGACUCCCCUACGACUUCCAGUUCUUCGCCCCCGUCGUGACCCCCCAGUGUGAAUCCUGGGAGUGCGGCUAUCUGAGUGCAGUCUGGGCCCUUCUCACGCUCCGACUUCCCUUUAAUCCCGCAGAAAACACAACCGGUCAGCUAUUGAGUAUUAAUUUAAGCGCGGUGGACUGGGACCGGCACAUUACUUCAUCGCCAUCAAUGCUCAUCGCCGACUGGACGGGCUGGGAACCGAACACCCAGAACACCCAGGAUGCGCUGAAGGAGGCUUACAAUUUUCUAUUCGCAAUUGUUUGCAACGAGCUGGGCAUUCCGGAGCGCUAUGACCAGGCCGACGGCAUCACACAACUGCUUUCUUGCCAACACACGGACCGGUCAUGGGUCCCUCGCGAUGAACAUCAGUCAUGCGAUGCCAGAGUUCAUCAAGAGGGGGUCGAAUUGCUUGUGAAUACCUAUAAAGUCAAGGAUCGGAGGAUCAACGCGGUUCCAGAUGCGAGUCAACGCAUCUUGCUUGGCCCAGAGGUACAGCGUCUGAUAUGUUCAGCUCGAGCUGGUCAUCAACCAUGCAGAGAGGCUGAGGGUCAAACUACAGCCGCUCCAAGUCUGAACACACAGCACCUUUACGAGCAGGAGCUUGGCAGCGGCGACAAGAACGCCAAUGAUGACGAGGGCGAAGAUGGUGAGAAUCCCACCACCGGCCGAGCCUCAAAACCCAAGACCAAACCCAAGGCUCAGCCCAAAAGUCGGGCUAAAACCGCCUCCAGCAAGAAAGCGGAAGCGCCUCCAGCUCCAGCCCAAGCAGCCGUAAGGACAAGAUCCGGCCGCAAGGUCAAAGCACCAGAUCGAUUCGAGCCCGAACCUGAACCCGAGCCAGCCGCGCCCAAGCCUAAGGCGGCACCAAAGGCAUCGGAGGCAAAGCCUGCAAAGAAGAAGAAUGCAGCAUCAAAGCCAGAACCAAGCCGAGGUGGCGCGAAGCGCGCUACCGUGAAGGAGACGAAGCCCGCCGGUGCCAAGUCCAAGAAGCGUACUCUGGAUGAGACUGAACCUAAAGCUGGUAAAAAUGCUUCCUCGGAGAUGCCCAAGUCGAAGAAGAGGAAAGUUGCUGAGCCUCCCGCCGCCAGCAAACCGGCCAAGAAGCAAAAGAAGGAUGCACGCGCCAAGCGCUAA